AUGGACACCCAGAAGGAUGUUCAACCCCCAAAGCAGCAGCCAAUGAUAUAUAUCUGUGGAGAAUGUCACACAGAAAAUGAAAUAAAAUCAAGGGAUCCAAUCCGAUGCAGAGAAUGUGGAUACAGAAUAAUGCACAAGAAAAGGACUAAAAAAUUGGUGGUUUUUGAUGCUCGGUGA